AUGUCGCGGCGGCGCCUCUCCCCGACCUUCUUCGGCGGGCUCAGGGGCCGGGAGCUCGGCGGCGCCGGGGGAUCCUCCUCCUCCCGCUCCACGGCGCGGCUCCCCUACCUCGCCGACCUCUCCUCCGACCCCGGCGGACGCGGCGGCGGGGUCAUAUCCGUCGAGCAUUCCGGUGACCCCGCCAUCCCCUUCGCCAUCUCCUUCGGCAAGACUGCUCAGACCUCUAACCUCCUGGCGGUCGCCGACGAAGACGGCUACGUUGGCCUCUACGACAGCCGCCGGCGCCUCCCGUCCAGCUCCUCGUCCCUAGAGAAGUCAGCCGAGACGAGGGUCUCCGAUUGGGUUGCCCACAACAAUGCAAUCUUUGACGUGUGCUGGAUCAAGGAGGGAUCCCAAAUACUGACUGCAUCAGGUGAUCAAACUGUCAAGAUAUGGAGUGUGGGAAACAGGAAAUGCAUUGGUGUCUUGUCAGGACACACUGGAAGCGUGAAGUCACUUUCAUGCCAUUCCUCAAAUCCUGAGCUUAUUGUUUCCGGUUCAAGGGACGGUUCAUUUGCCCUUUGGGAUUUAAGAUGCGACCCUAAAUCUCCAAAUAGCCAUGGUGAAACAUGCCUCGUGUCUUCUGCUGUUGUCAGAGAAGCCCACAGCCCCGUCCAGAGGAGUCGAACAAGGUCCCGGGCAAAGGCGGCUUCAACAAGUAUCACAUCAGUUCUUUAUCUGAAAGAUGGUGUCUCUAUUGCUACAUCUGGAGCUGCAGACAAUGUUGUGAAAAUAUGGGAUACACGGAACCUGAAAGUGCCAGUCUCCAAUAAAAAUUCUCAAGCAGGGGGGCAACCUUUGAAGGAGGGGGUGAAACAUGGCAUAUCUUGCCUAUCUCAAGACUCUUAUGGUGCAUACAUUGCUGCAUCAUGUAUGGAUAACAGAAUCUAUUUGUACAGUGUGCUCCAUGUGAAAAAGGGGCCAGUAAAGGUUUACACUGGCAGCAAAAUAGAGUCUUUCUUUGUCAAGUCUGCUAUUAGUCCUGAUGGAAAUCACAUUCUUGGUGGUUCAAGUGAUGGAAAUGUAUACUUGUGGCAGGUGGAUCAACCUGAAAAUGACCCUAUAGUUCUGAAAGGCCAUGAAGGUGAAGCAACUUCAGUUGACUGGUGUGCAUCAGAGGUUGGAAUGAUAGCAACAUCUUCUGAUGAUUCUACGGUUCGCGUGUGGAGUACCAAGAAAAUGGACUGCACCACUGUAAGCUCACCAACAGCGAUCCGCAAGCGGAUAACCGCACCAAACACUGAGUAUCGAAGAUCUGCCACCCAUGAGCAAGUUACCACGUCAUGGGACGCUGUUGCCUGCACCAGCGCUGAUGGCAAAUCACCAAGUGGCUCCCACUCUCCCCUACAGCCUAGAGUGCUGGACUUCGGUACUCCAGAGUCUGCAAAGAAGAGAGGCUUUGCACUGUUCCAGGAGGAGGCCCUUGACACAAGGAAGAGUCCAGAGGCUCAGAUGAACAGCCCCUCGUCGGUUCUGAGUCCGCCACCAUCCUUGAAACGGAGAACGAUCCGGGACUACUUUGCCAGUAGUGCUUCCUGAUUCUUGACACCGCCUAACAAGUAGCUGGUCCUGAGAACUCUUAGCUGCCUUGAGGGCCAGGGCUUUCUUAACUUAUGUUCAGUUGUGAAGACAACUGCAAAUUUUGGUAAAUUCUUCUGUGGAUCUGCUGGGGUCAACUCACGAUUGAUCCUUCCGAAACAUGGUUGUACAUAAUUUAUCACCACAUAACCAUCCUUAUUUUCUCCUUGUAUUUGUGCUCCAUUGACUCAGUCUAACAGAA